AUGCCCAUACCAUUAGAAAAAAUUAAAGUUGUUGAAGAUGAAAUCGAAAGACUCGAUCAUGAUGAUAAAAAUCGUCGUAUAGCAAUAACACCACCAAUACAAGAUUUCUCAUUUUUAAAUAAACCAUCACAUGUAAAACGUUCGGUUCAUUAUGAUAUUGAAUCAAUAAAUACACCUGAACAUGAACCAUUAAGAUCAAUUACUAAUACUGAACAACCAUCGAUUGAUAAUGUUCUUCGUCGACGAUAUAUUGCACAUUGGGGUCUACCAGAGUGGCUUGGUGAUAAUCAUUUUUUAUUACAAAAACAUCGACCACCUGCUAAUUCAGUUCGUGAAUGUCUCAUAUCAGUUGCAUCAAUACAUAGUGAAACCGUUAAUAUUUGGACCCAUUUAAUUGGUGCAUUAUGUGUUGCUGUAACAUUUGCACUUUUUUUUAUUGAAAAUUAUCAACAAAUGGAUAUAAGUGAUAUUAUAUCCUUUAGUGUUUUUUUCACAUCAGCAAUAUUAUGUUUAAGUUUUUCAACAUUAUUACAUAUAUUUAUUAAUUAUUCACCACGUGUUCUUGUUACAGUUUCAAAACUGGAUUAUAUGGGUAUAAAUAUAUUAAUAUUUGGGUCAAUGGUACCUGUUGUACAUUACUUUUUCUAUUGUCAAUUUCGAUUAAAAGCUAUUUAUAUAAGUGUACUUCUUGUACUUUCAAUUGGAUCAAUGAUUGGUACAAGUAGUGCUGCAUGUUCUAAACCACGUUUUCGUCCAUUUAAAGCUAUUUUAUUUAUUGCUCUUGGUCUAUAUGGUGCUGCUCCAGCAACGCAUGCUUGUAUACUUCAUGGAUUACCACGUAUGUUUGAAAUGGGUUUUUUAUAUUUAUGUAUUAUGGCUGUAGCAUAUAUCGGUGGUGGUAUUGCUUAUGCUGUUCGAGUACCAGAACGAUUUUUUCCUGGUCGUUUCGAUAUUGUUGGACAAAGUCAUCAAAUUUUACAUGUGGCUGUAGUUGCAGCUAUUUAUUUACAUUUUUAUGGUAUUUGUUGUCAAUUUCAUUAUGUUGUUCGAACAGAACAAUGUCUUAUGCCAAUAACUUUAAAACUUGGUAUUACUGAUUUAUCCAUUUCGUCUUAG